UGGGCUGCGUUGUUGCAUGGAAUACGUGAGGGGUGUACUCUGAAUCCGUUUCGCAUACAUUUUGUGGCUGAAAAUGCCACAAGCAAUGCAUAUUGCCGCCUUGUUCAUUCUGCAUCUGGUGGCUGUGUGCGGUGAGAGCUAUGAGUCUGAUGGCCAGCUGACGGUGUCGGUGCUGCACAGUCUGGACCCAUCGCCGGAGGGUGUGUUCACUCCCUGUGGUGCCAUCAGCGUCCGUAGCCUGCGCGGCGGCGGCAGCGCCACCUAUCAGCCGGCCGGCGCACUCUCUGCCACUGAGCUGGCCCAGCUGCAGAUGCUAGUGAAGAAUGAUGGAAUCUACCGGCUGAAGCUCAUGGCUCAGUCUCUGGAUGGCAGAAAAACAGAAGUAUCAACAUUUGUCAAGGCAUGUCAGCUGGCCGAGACGGGUCUGCGCCACACCCUGCUGCUGACCAUGGACCCGGCCGGCAGCCUGGUGGCCGCCAGCCAGCUGACGGACGCCGGCCGUUGCCAUGGCGACAGCGCGGCGGCGCUCAGCGGCCUGCACAGCUUCGCCACCGAUGUGGUCAUUCGCCAGACGGAGGCCGGUCCCAUCCCGGAUACGGCCAGUUUCAUUCAGAAAAUAGAACAGGAUAAGAUGGCAAAGCAGCGCGGCGAGACGAAAGACAACCGGUCGUUUAUAGCUAAAUAUUGGAUGUACAUAGUGCCGGCCGUGCUGCUGCUGAUGGUGACGGGUGGCUCGGACCCACCGGCGCUAGACGGCUCUGUUCACAGCUAG